ACCAAAUUCUUUCCCAACACGCCACGGCUUUGUUUUGGUUCCAGCACGGAUCCAUUUUUCCAUUACGAGGUGGGAGUCAUAUUGGAUCAGCGGGACGGAUGGGACGCAGUUAUUGGUUCUCGUGUAAUUCACGGACGUUUUGAGGCGAUCUGUCGUGUUUUUAUUUCGCUGCAUGUAUUUCUGUGCGGGUUUAAUACUCAGAUAUGAAAUAUGGUGAGCCAACUUGAACGCUCUGCAGAUGUGGACGCUUUGGUCAAAAGACUGGAGAAGGAGUCUCUGACUAAGUUUGUCACUUUUUCUGUGGACCGACAUUACAGUGACAAAGAUUGGCAGCCUUUACCUGUGAACCGGGUCCACUGGCAGUGGGCCGGCGGUUCUGGGAUGCCUUCGAUUGAAUUCACCGGAAUCCCUUUCAUGUUUGUGGGCUCCAAAAGGCUCGUCUGCCAUCAAGGCAAAGAUCUUGCUGUGGCCCAGAAGAGGAAGUAUUUUGAAGAAAAAGCUAGAAAGAUGCUAGAAGAUCACAGCUUUGGCUGCCAGAAAACCCGUCGGCCAUCUACAAAAAAGGUGGGAUGUCCUGCAGCCAUAUCAAUCAGCAAGAUUGCAACAUUCCCUAAGUUCAAGGUGGUGGACAGUGCAGAAAGGAGUAAGAAGGCAGCUUCAAAAAUGCUGAGAUUGGCCCUGGAGAGAGACCCGGUCAUUUGGGAAACACGCUAUGCUGUCCUACAUUCGAACGAGCAUGCGGGACAUGCAAAUGGGAGACAUGAAGGAGAUGCGACCUCACGAUCUGGCAUGAUCUCAUGCAAACGAGCAAGGAAGUCAGAUCUGAGAAGGAAAUGCGUCAAACUCACCAAACAACUCCUGGACAGCUUGAACUCUAUUGAGGACUAUCAUACCCUUGAGGAGGUUUCACAAGUUUUAAGCACCCUGCUGAAAGACUUGGUUCGACUGAACAGCAAGAUGGAGGGAAAGUCUCUUCAUCCUGAAGCCAAGAACUCUAGAGCUUUAUCUGAAGUUCCAGCCCUGCUCUCACAGAGGGACCCCGAGGAACCUGAAUCUGCGCACAGUGAUUGUUUAGGAGCUCGGGCAGCCAGUGACCAGGAACUCACCGGUUAAACGUCCCAAUUUAACAUUUCCAGACUUUUAAAGCUUUUUGUUUUGCUUUUGUUUAGAUUGUUUGGUGUUCCUGUUACCGGGAGUUAAUGACUCCAUUGCCUGUCUGUAGGAUGUCCUCAUAUGUGCACAUUUUGUGAGGCUGGUUUACGUUUUUGUCUUACCACAGGUGUGUUUACAGGGUAAGAUUUUGCAACUUUGUUACUUAGAAAUUUGAUUUUUUUUUUUUUUUUAAUAACAAAGAUAUUAGUUAAAAUUAGUCUAAAUUAGUCCUUUUACAUUUCUGAAAAAAAUCUUGGAUUUUUUUUAUUGCCAUAUAGUUAAAGGAAAAGCACUGUGCAUUUUGAUUAGUAAUAUUAGUAAUUACUGACUAAACUGGUCUCUAGACAGUUAGCACUAUUAUUUUUUGCCAAAGGAUAAACUCUGAAGUCUAUAAAAUGCCACUGGACUCUUUAAAAUGCUAGGAAAUUUUGAAAUAAAAUUAUCAUUUUA